AGAAACGCUCGUUCUGAACCUUCCUCGUGCCUUCCACCACCCGCGCGGCCCCUCACUGAUGUGUGGGACCAACCGCGUGCCCCCUCGCUGACGUGUGGGACCAACCGCGUGCCCCCUCGCACCUUCACAUGGCCAUCGCGUAUAUAGGGACUGGCCUCACCCCACUUGUCAAUCCACACCUACUACCCCGAUUCAUUAAAAAUUCUUCCCACUUACCAAUUCCGGCGAGGCACCUCCCCCCGACGACAACUGCGGCGUGGUAUCAGCGGCCACCAUGUGCGGUGGAGCGUCCCUUGAGGAUGCCAAGGUUCCGGUUGUGGCGCGGAAGGUGACUGGGGCGACGCUAUGGACCGAGAAGAAGAAGCCCCGGCAGGGCGGCGGCGGGGGCCGGCGCUUCACGGGGCUUGGUGGGUGCAGGGGACUUGGUCGGGAUGACAACGAGGAGGACUUCGAGGCUGACUUUCAAGAGUUCAAGGCCUACUCCGGGGACUCCGACCUGGAGCUCAGGCGCAGUAGAGUGGAUGAGAAGGAUGACGACGACGAGGUCGUUGAGAUCAAGCCCUUCGCUGUCGUCAAGAGGCCCCUCUCCCAAGAUGGCUUAAGCACCAUGACUACUGCUGGUUUUGAUGGUCCUUCAGCAAAAAGGAAGAGAAAGAACCAAUUCAGGGGUAUCCGUCAGCGCCCCUGGGGUAAGUGGGCUGCUGAAAUCAGAGAUCCUAGCAAGGGUGUUCGUGUCUGGCUUGGUACUUUCAACAGUGCUGAAGCUGCUGCAAGAGCUUAUGAUGUUGAAGCACGCAGGAUCCGUGGCAAGAAAGCCAAGGUUAACUUUCCAGAGGAACCAGCAACUCCUCAAAAGCGUCGUGCUCGCCCUGCUCCUCCUAAAGCACCCAAGCCAAGCGCAACACAGGAACCUGCAGUCAACAACCUUGCCAACCCAAGUGCUUUCGUCUACCCAUCUGCUGACUUUGCAUCAAACCAGCCACUUGCUCUGCCUUACAACAUGUCAUUUGUUCCUGCAAUGAACUCUGCUGCCCCUGUUGAAGCCUCUGUUAUGAAUCUGUACUCUGACCAGGGAAGCAACUCCGUUGGCUUCUCUGACCUGGUCUGGGAUUUUGACACCAAGACUCCAGAUAUAUCACCCAUUGCUCCCAUUUCUACCACUGCUGAAGGAGCGGAAUCUGCACUUGUUCAGAGUGACGCCUACAACCCAGUGGUGAUUGCUGAAGUACCUGAAUCUGUACUUGUCCAGAGUAACACCUACAACUCAGUGGUGCCUCCUGUUAUGGAGAACAAUGAUGCCGAUUCCGAGCCUUGGAUGAAGUUUCUUUCGGAUGAUGGCAUGGACGAGUCGAUUGACAGCCUUCUGAACUUUGGUGUGCCUCAGGAUGUCAUUGGCAACAUGGACCUUUGGAGCUUCGAUGACAUGCCCAUCUGUGGAGAAUUAUGCUGAGUGAUCCAAAUCCUUUAUAUAGAGAUAAAGGGAAUAAGAGUAUGGGAGAUUGGGAAGCACCCUGUUGUCACCUUCGGCUAGCAAAUGAUUAUGUCCAAGCUUAGAUGCAAAAAAGUCGCAUCUUGAGUCUCCUUUGUAAUCGACCCUUUCCCUAGUUGACUGUCUCUGUGUGGCAGCCAUUUAUGAUGAACCGUUAUCUUUAUCAUUUGUAACUUUUAUGUCAGUCGCUACCAUUUCUGAAUGUGAACAGCAUGGAUUUGUGUCCAGUUUGCUUUAA